AUGAAUGAGGUGUUUAACAGAUGCUUGAUAUUGAUCGAAGAUGUAGUUUUAGCGCAAGCUGGAAAACAUUUGGAUCAAUUCGGUUUACCUAAACCAAAAAGACCCGCAGUAAACCUGGAAAAUCGAGAAUAUCUACGAGAGAGAAAUUAUAACCCUUGCGCCGUGGGAGAGGUAGUAUCGCAUCGCGAGGAAUUAUUGACAGGCGAUCAGGCAAAUGUUUAUCAACAAAUUCUAGCCAGCAUUGAAAGAGAGAUUGGGGACAUUUUUUUCUUAGAUGCUCCUGGUGGCACUGGAAAAACUUUUUUUAUAAAUGUAAUAUUGGCAAAAGUUAGAAAUAACCGGGGUAUCGCUUUGGCUGUUACGUCAUCAGGAAUCGCUGCCACACUACUGAUGAGAGGCAAAACUACUCACACGGCUUUCAGGCUGCCUCUUGAAUUACUUUCUUUAUUUACAGACUUAUUAAAUCUUAAUCAUACUGAAACUCCAUUGUGCAAUAUCCCAAAACAAAGCAACGCAGCACAAGUGUUGCACGAUUGCAAAAUUAUAGUUUGGGACGAAAGCACUGUGUUGCACAAGGGAGCCUUUGAAGCGUUAAAUAGAACCCUAAAAGACAUCCGAGAGAACAACUUCACGAUGGAUCGGGUCACAGUUUAA